AAUGUGAAAAAUACCUAGAAGAAAAUCUCUAGUACGACGUUUCUUCAAUUAAGCAAGUCCGAUCACGAUUCCGAUUCCCGUCCCGAGUUUUGACAUUCGUAUUUAGCCAAAAACGUUGAUAAACAUCCCAUAUCUUUCAUUUAAGAUCGAUUACCUUAAUCUUGCUGGCUUUCUGUUCUGUUUUGUUGUGUAAUUGCUUCCUGUUUUAUGGUUGGAAUCUGCUGAUUCAUUGAGCCCUAAUCAUCUUUCUUCUUAGAGAGCCGUGGGACAGUUCCAGAUUGAAGAAUAAUGAAAGGAGUAAUACAGAAGUUCUUUAUUGCAUCAAUGCUUAUGUGGAUGACUCCCAUUGCGAUAUUGUACGGAUUUAACCAUAACUUGCUUCCUGGUUCAAGUAAUUUAUCUCCUCAUACUCUGACAUUGGUGAGUGGCUUUGUUGCUGUUAUAUCAGUCAAUAUAGUUAUUGCUUUCUACAUAUAUAUGGCAAUGAAAGAACCUUCACAUAAACAUGAGCCGGAUCCUGCAUUUCUUGCCGAGGCCAAAGCUAGUGUGAACCAGUCUGCAAAUGACUCUGAUAAAUCUUCUCAAUCCUUGAAGAAAGAAGAGUAGGAUGUACCGCGCCGCCAUGUUAACGUUUUGAAGGAAUUGAGCUGAAAUUUCUCAGAGAAAAGCUAGCCGUAUAUGAAAUAUAUUGGUAAUGAGGAUGUAUAUGAACAUAUUUUGUUCUGCUUCUUUUUCUUUGAACUAGAGAUUUGAAGAUCAUUUGUCAAGUUUUGAGAAGUGAAUGACUUGUGUUGCAAAUUUUUUGAUUUA